ACUAUAAAUAAAGUAGGAGCAAACUCUGAUGGAGAAGAACCGCCAUAACUGAAAAGCCUCAGACUAGUUCUCAAGCAAACAGCAAUCGAACUUUCUGGAGAGUUCAUGUUAAUUAAUGUUAAUCAAUUUACUAAUUAAUCAUUAAGCAGAAGCAACAGAGCACCCAAAACCAAAAUGAGAGGCUCCAAGACUGUCGUUAGCGAUACUGACUCGUCCGCCACCCAGUCUGACAGCUCCGCCACCAAGACCGAUUCUGACAUGAUCGACGGUGAAGACGAAGAAGUUUCAGCUCCUUCCCCCGAUUCAUGCCCCUUCUCCGAAGGCGAGAAGGUGCUCGCUUUUCAUGAGACCCAAAUUUACGAAGCCAAGGUGACCAAAGUCGAUUUCAAGAUGAACGAAUGGAGAUUUUAUGUUCAUUACCUCGGAUGGAGCAAAAAUUGGGAUGAGUGGGUGCACUUGGAUCGUCUGAUGAAAAACACUGAUGAGAAUGUGAGGAAACAAAAGCAGCUCAAUGCGAACCAGAGAACACACAAGAAUGCAAAGCUAACACGCACGUCACAGACUAAACAAAAAGUCUCAAGAGGAAAAAAGCGAAAGAAUGACUCUGUCAUUAAGGACAAAGAUGCCAUACCCAUGGAAGAUCUUGUGCUUCAAAUUCCGCUCACACUAAAGAAACAACUAGUUGAUGAUUGUGAAUUCAUUACUCAUCUGGGCAAGCUUGUUAAACUUCCACGAACUCCUAACGUGGAUGACAUAAUGAAGAAGUAUCUAGAUUACAGAUCAAAGGACAGUUUGAAGAAAACUCAUUCAGUUGAAGAAAUCCUGAAAGGACUAUGUUGUUACUUUGACAAAGCACUACCAGUAAUGCUUCUGUACAAAAAUGAACGUCAGCAGUAUGAGAAAGCAAUUGCACAUGAUGCCUCUCCUUCAUCUGUAUAUGGUGCUGAGCAUCUGCUACGUCUAUUCGUUAAGCUCCCUGAGUUAUUGUUGAAUGCUAACAUUGAAGAGGAGACACUGAAAGAUUUGCAGCAAAAAUUGGUCGACUUUCUCAAGUUCCUACAGAAAAAUCAGAAUGCAUUUUUCCUCUCUACCUAUCAUGCACCAGAUGCUGUUGAAGCGAGCACCAACAAACCAGAUGUCUAAGCGAGGGCAUACUUGCAACAAUUUGUACAGAAUACCAUAUAACUACAGCUGUUGUGCGAUGUCUCAGCGCCGUUUUCAACUUCUUUGCUCCAAAAGCUGUUGAAGCCUAAUCUGCUAGUGUUGCACGUAUUACUAUCCUCUAUGUUCAUGUAACUGGUAUGUCAAACUUUAGAAUAUGUAACUUAUGUAGUCAGAACAUGCCUAAUGCCUUGUAAAAUUCUACCGGACACGGAAUGUAUCCUUUGUGCAAUGAUAGUUUUGCCUGCCUGUGGGCUGCGACACUUUACU